CAUUACACUUUCAACUAUUGGCAACAGGUAUAUGUGGAGUUUUUAAUUUCUUCAUUUAAUUCUUUGAAUUUUACUUUUGACCUUUUUGUUUCAGAAGCGGUCCUUUGUGCGGAUUUCCACCGGAUUUAAUCGAGGUAUGUAUGUUAAUUCAUCAUUUUCAUGAUAAUUGUAUGGUGAAACUUCAUCGUGGCCAACAUAAACUCCAAUUCAACAAUGGAAACCUCAAUAAACGCUUUCAUCUCGCAUUGUCACCGGAACUCAUCUUGCUGGAUGACUUUGGUUUCUACAAGAACCUUUUACAAGAAUUGGCUCAGAAAGAAGGUUAUGCUUUUCCUGUUUAUCAUACAAAUCGAUCUGGUGAAGCUCAUUACACCAACUUUUGUUUCAACUGUUGAGGUAGAAGUAGAAGUUUCUACUGGGCAGGAAGCAAAGACGAAGAAGAAGCUGGCAGAGAUGAGUGCAGCAAAAGUUGCUUACCUGACUCUCAAAGAACGUAUGUGCAGUAAAAACUUCUGCUGCACUCAUCUCUGCCUGCUUGUUCGUCUAUUUCGGUAA